ACGCCUAGAACGGGAACCUCAAACUGAGCGUUAUUGGCGAUAGAAAGGGCGGGACUUUCAGUUACAUGGGUUUGGCGACGAGCGAGAGGGAGGGACUUCCGAUUGGGUAUAUCUGUUUCUGUUGCGUGUUUCGGGUAACGCUUUUCAAAUUUGUGGUCAAAACGCCUUAUUUUUUUUUAUAGAUCAUGGCUGUUUUUUUUUUUUUCGUUAUCUAAUUUCUAUUCUUUUCGCUCUGUAGACCGUUAUUUGGCUUCCACCGCUCAGAUAGUAAGAAACCGGAAAUUGCAUUGCGGGAGACCAGGAUAACGCUACAAUUCAAGACCAUCUCUCCCCCUUCACGACCCUCGCUCAGCGUGCAUGCAUGCCUGUUACAAUCUGGGCUCCUGUUGACGGGACAAUGACUGGGGUUUCAGAGACGCCGUUGUGGAGAAAAGUUCAAUCAUUUUCGGGAGUAACACCGCGCUCACGACACGGACAUCGAGCGGUGGCCAUUCGUGAACUCAUAAUAAUUUUCGGAGGUGGAAAUGAGGGCAUAGCGGAGGACCUCCAUGUUUACAACACGGUGACCAAACAGUGGUUUCUACCGGCGGUGCGGGGGGACAUACCGCCUGGAUGUGCUGCCCAUGGCUUCGUGUGUGAGGGCACACGCAUUCUGGUGUUUGGUGGUAUGGUGGAGUUUGGGAAGUACACCAACAACCUCUAUGAAUUACAGGCCAGUCGUUGGCUGUGGAAGAAACUCCGACCCAGGCCCCCUGCAAACGGCCUGCCUCCCUGUGCACGGAUUGCACACAGUUUCACACUGGUUGGAAACCGCUGCUAUCUAUUUGGAGGACUAGUGAACGACAGCGAGGAACCCAAUGGAAACAUACCACGGUACAUGGAUGACUUCUACCAGCUUGACCUGCAGCCGUCCUCGGGGGCCCGCUGCUGGAGCAUUCCCGAGACCAAGGGAGGAAGGCCCGCGGCCCGGGAGUCCCACACGGCCGUGGCCUACGCCGGCCGGGGCUCCCCCAAGCUCUUCAUCUUCGGAGGAAUGCAAGGCCGUCGGUUGGACGACCUCUGGCAGCUGGACCUCGAUUCUAUGGUGUGGUCGGCGCCGUUAACGAAGGGACCCCGUCCGCUAGCCAGGAGCCUUCACUCGGCCAACAUCAUUGGAAACAAGAUGUUUAUCUUCGGAGGCUGGGUUCCCUAUUCUGAGCCGGCGAAGACGAAAGGAGCAGAGUGGAUUUGCACAAACUCUUUGCAUGCGCUUAAUCUCGACACCAUGAGCUGGCAGGACCUGAGCCCAGAGGAGCCGGCCCAGGGCCACCCCAAGCCCCAGGACAAGCCCCCCCAGCUGGAGCUGGAGGAGUCGCACCCCGGCGGACCCAAGCCCAGGGCGGGCCACUGCUCCACCGCCAUCGGCUCCAGGAUGUACAUCUGGAGUGGCCGCGACGGCUACCGCAAGAGCUGGAGCUACCAGGUGUGCUGCAAAGACCUCUGGUACCUGGAAACCGAUCGGCCCGCUGUACCAGAGGCGGUCUUGCUGGUCAAGUCUACCGUGAAAAUGAUCCAUGUGACUUGGCGCCCCCUGGCGGCAGCGGAGUGCUACAUCCUACAGAUCCAGCCCGUGUCUACCCAGAGAGCGCAGUCUGCUUCUGAUACACAGAGCGGGGCAGCGCCCUGUACUGGCCCAGAAGGACACCAGGGGACGACACAAGACUCAUCUUCGGGUGUCAAGUCCUGCGACCCAUUGGGUGACACAGCAGGCGAGAAAGAGGUCGCUGGUGCACAGAGGGUGGCUGUAGCGAAUGAGGGCGUGGCCAUGGAAGUGUCCAAUGGCUGUUCAGCACCUCAGGAGGGGCAGAGCUCGGAGGGACCCGCCCAGGAAGAGACCGAUGAACGGCAUUACUCUCUUGGGCAGACUGCCUCCACACAGUCGGCGCUGGACCACAUCCCAGCUCAGCCACCGCCAGUUGGAACGGUGCCAUCUUCAGGGGAACACUCCAAGGACCCAAAGUCGCCUACACAGCAGGGGCAGAGCGAGGACGACGUGUGGUUUGACGUGGGGGUCUUCAAAGUGCUCUUCUCUGAGGUCACGCACUACUACCUACCGGCUGAUGAAGACCAGGAAACCAUGACAACCACCAGCCGGCCCAACAACACCACAGAGAGGAAACUCCCGGGACCCCAGGACUAUGAGGGCCGGGAGCGGCAGGAGCUGGCCCCGGGACACUGCUACAGGCUCAGGGUGGCGGGGGUCAACACCGUCGGCCAGGGGGACUUCAGCCCCGUGGCCGAGUUCAGGACCUGCCUUCCUGGCUUCCCUGGAGCGCCCUCUGCUGUCAAGAUCACCAAGGCCAGCGACUCGGUGCACAUCACCUGGGAGGCUCCCCCGUCUCCGUCGGGCCGCAUCACCGAGUACUCCAUGUACCUGGCGGUGAGGAAGGGGCGCGCGGGCACCUCGGAGCGGCCGGGCCAGAUGAACUUCAUCCGGGUGUACCGCGGCACCAAGACCUCCUGCACCGUGGGCGCCGCCCACCUGGACAACGCCCACAUCGACAGCUCCGCCAGCAACCGGCCCGCCAUGGUGUUCCGCAUCGCCGCCAAGAACGAGCAGGGCUACGGCCCUGCCACGCAGAUCCGCUGGAUACAAGAUACUGGGAAGCCCAGAGCCUCUUCAGCACGACAGGACCCCCCUGCAGAGUCCCACAAGGAUGGUGCCGACAGCUCUGGUUGAAGGCUUACGUGUGGGGGAAAUGGACCGGAAUAGAUACCCUGGCCAAGUCUAGCGAAUACCUUGCCAAGUCUUCUGUCCAAAAUAGUUCCAACUUUAUGAAAUGUUCUGGAUAAUUUCAUUUUUUUUAUUUAUAAGAAAAAUCUAUUUAUUUUUUUGUUACUAGUUAAACUGUAUAUACACCUACAAUAUUUUGUAAACGUUUUGCAGAAUGGGCUAUUUUUAGUAAAUGCACUGUGUGUGUGUGUGUGUGUGUGUGUGUGUGUGUGUGUGUGUGUGUGUGUGUGUGUGUGUGUGUGUGUGUGUGUGUGUGUGUGUGUGUGUGUGUGUGUGUGUGCGUUCAAUUAUUGAAUGAUGCUGUGCCUCCUGUUUAGGCAACGGUGGGUAUAUUCCAUUCAUGUGAAAUAUAGUGUGCUGUUCUUGGAGGGUUUUAAGGGCCAAUAUACAACAAGAAAACAGACAUUUUUUUACAUUCCUAUCCACUAGCUUCAUAAGAGCCAAUUCUUUCCUAUAUCCAGCAAUGGACAACUCUUGAUGUUCCUCUUCCUUUCAGUUCAAAGUUCAAAUGUCCUCCGUUUUACCACUGUGUUAGCCUUACCCUUCGCCUCAAUAUCAAGCAUCACCAAACGCUUCAAGUUACUUUGAGAGGGGAUUAAAGUGCAGUAUUAUUCCUUUCAGUUAUUUUCUAAAUUGCUUUUUAGGUAAUCCUGUGAAAGGGCUGUUUUAAACAUUUUUAUUUUAUGCGCUGUUUGAUGAACUUUGCUUAUACCAGUGGUCAACUGUGCUUGUUAUUUGUUCAGAGAGACAAGAAAGGAAGAUUGGUGCAUGUACCCGUUCAGUUUUUUUGAUGUGAUUUAUAAAGGGAAUAAAUGUAUGUCAAUAUUCCUAA